AUGCGCUUUCUAAUACCUCUUCUACUGUUACUGUGGCCAAUGCUAUAUCAUACUGGUAAGGCGUCGUCCAUCAUUAUCCGUCAACGUCAUCAUGGUGGCCAUCAUAGACGUCCUGGAUUCCACAUGGAUAGAGAGCCACCAAGACGAUUGGCGAUGAUUCAGCUACGCGUAUAUCCUGAGAGGGUCAAGGUUCGCGUAUAUCCUGAGAAGGUCAAGGUACGCGUAUAUCCUGAGCCAUCUGAAAGACAAAGACACGGAAUGAUCGUACCAAUAAUCCUGAGGCGUAAACAUCCGAUAAGCAUAUUGGACGAGAAACCCGUCUCUGAUUCGUAA